AUGGAAACCUUGUACAACCAGCCAGUUGUAGUGGACAAUGGGUCGGGAAACCUCAAAGCAGGAUUUGCUGGGGAUGAUAAACCACGAACUUAUGCGUCGGCAGUGAUAGGCAGACCCAAAUACCAAAAGCUCAUGGCUGGUUCUUUGCUACCUUCCUCGAGUGGCGUCGAUUCUACGGAUGGUGAUCUAUUUAUUGGUGACAAUGCACAAAAGAACAGGGGCUUGCUAAAGCUCACUUACCCAAUGGAGCAUGGAAUAGUUGCUAACUGGUCUGAUAUGGAAAAACUUUGGUACCAUAUGUUCACCCAGGAGCUCAAAAUUCAACCAGAGGAGCACCCGCUAUUACUCACAGAAGCCCCAUUGAACCCCAUGUCUAAUAGAGACGCAAUGUGUCAAGUUAUGUUUGAGCAAUUCAAUGUUCCCUGUGUUUAUAUAUCUAUUCAGGCGGUAUUGGCGUUGUAUGCAUCGGGGAGAACAACAGGUGUAGUUGUUGAUAGUGGCGAUGGGGUUAGUCAUGUUGUACCAGUUUACGAAGGCUUUGCUUUACCUAGUUCGAUAAAACGAAUGGAUAUUGCUGGAAGAGAUAUAACGACACGCUUGUCAUUUAAUAUCAGGCGAAUGUCGGGAGUUACAUUACAAAGCAGUUCAGAAAUGGAAAUCGUGCGACUAAUAAAGGAGCAAUGUUGUUUCGUUUCAAAGGAGCCACAGAAGGAUGAAAAACUAUACGGCGCUCAGUAUGCUAGGAAGACGAAAUCGAAAAACGAAUUGUUUACCACCUAUACCUUACCUGAUGGGCACGAAUUACAUCUUGGGGCGGAAAAGUUCCGAGCGCCAGAAAUCUUGUUCAAUCCUCAGAUAAUUAACGAUGAGAGCCCUGGAUUGCAUGAGCUUGUAUCUUUGGCAGUGAGCAAGACAGACCUAGAUCUAAGGCCUCAGUUGUACCAAAACAUUUUGCUAUCAGGGGGGAAUACAUUGUUGAAGAACUUUGGUGAUAGGUUGUUGCAAGAGCUAAAGGGGAUGCAGGACCAGGCAAGCGAAGCUUCAAACUCUAUCUGGAACAAGAUACGGAUUGAUGAACUGUACAGCACAAAAAUGAAGGUUAAGAUUUAUGCCCCACCAGAGCGGAAAUAUUCAACGUGGAUCGGUGGCUCUAUACUAGCAGGUCUAUCUACAUUCAAGAAAAUGUGGGUAACUUUGGAAGAGUACCGCGACAAUCCCGAUAUCGUUCAUAAGAAAUGUUUAUAA